UUCCUCAAGAAUCUUCCUCUUUCACUUUCUCUCUCCUUUACCUUUCCUUUUCCCUUUACCUCUACAAACCCAGCCUCUGGGUUUUCUGAAAUAACAAAGAAGCAAGUGAUGAUCAUCGUCAUCGAUGACAACGAGCACAACGCCUACGCAUUGGAAUGGAUGCUCAAUCGCUUCUUCAUUCCUCUAGGUGAUAGUGCCUUGUUCAAGGUUGUCAUCGUUCACACCAAACCUUCUGCUACUUCUACUGUCGACCUCUGAAAACUCAAAAACUUGAACAAACACAAAUCUGGGUUUUUCUCAAACGUUGCACUCAAAUUUUGCUCUACAAACUCCAAAUCUUGUACCGGAGCUCAUUUCUUCUUCAUCAUCAGAUGUCCUUUCCGAUGAUGUUGUUUUCUCGAAUCGUCAUUCAAAAUCGAAGCAAAUUUGAUGUGAGCAUAUUUCUUCUGAUUAUUCUCUCUCUCUCUCUCUCUUCUUCAUUCUUCUUCCUCUCCAGAUCUGGGUUUUUCUCAAACCCAGCCCUAAGAGACUCUACUCACUGCAAAAACUCCACCUAACGAAACUCUUGAACCACUCCUCGUUAGCGUACUCUGUGUUGAAUUUGGCUCUGAAUGCACCUUUCCGUGGUGACUUAUCCCUCUCUGUUAUUUCUACUACUUGCUACCUUUUGAUCUAUUGCUAAUUAAGUUCAAAUUUGAUGAAUAUCUCAACGAUUGAGUGAUCUGUGCUUUAAACUUUGAAAUAAUCUGUUUGAAUUUGUGUUUGGCUCCACUUUAUGGAUGAAUUCAUUUCGAAAAUUUAGUUGGACACUUGUUUUCUGCAGCGAUCCGAUUCAUGAUGCUAAUCUUCAAUAUGCUAGAUCUUCAUUAUAUCUUGAAUUGUUUGUUAGAUUCAUUGUUCAUAGUUUAAAUCUACAUUUUGAAUUUGAGAAGUUCUUCUUUGGAAUAAGUUUGAUGAAUUUGGAGUUCUAUGUUUUGAAUUCUGUCAAAAUUUUAAUUCAGAUUCUAUUGAAACAUCAAAUGUUUCUGUUUUUGCUAAAAAAUAUCAACUACGUUUCAUUUAACUCUCCAUUUAAUCAAAUUUAGUUUUCAUCUAAACCAUUUGUUUGAUUUUGUCCUUGUUCUUAGUUUAAAUCUGGUGAGAUGUUCAUAGGUGAUGAAAAAGAAUGGAUCGAAGCUUUACUGGAGCUCUAAUAAUGAAAAGGUGACAAU